AUGGACCUGAGCCUGCGAGAUGCUCUGGGUGGGGGUGGAGGUGGGGUCCCAGGUGGGGCCCCUGCUGAGGCCCUAAUGAAGAGGGACUUUGUGGCUUCACUGGAGAAAGAGAGCUAUGAUGACAAGGUGGGAGAGACGGUCUCCAAGAGCGACUACCGACCCUUACUGGAUGGAAAGGACACCAAGAGUGGUCCAGGGAUGAUGUCAUCAAUGAUGUCAUCAGGGGGACGCCAAGACCCACAAGGACAGCCCGCCUUCAGCUCUGACUACCUGUCUGGUCCUAUGAUGGGUGCGCGGACGGAUCAGUGGAGCAUGAACAAGACAAAGGACAACAGCAUGCCUGACUCAUUUCUAGGUUUCUCUCAGUCUGGGAUGGGAGGGCCCAUGGGGUCCAGCCAGCCCCCCUUCCAGUCCGGGAUGGGCUUGGCUCUCGGCCAGACCGGGAUGGGUUCUGCUAUGGACAGCCAGAAGAGUUCGGGCCUGUUUGGUGUGGAAAACAAAAGCACCAGUGGAAGCAGUCCCUUUAAACCCAGUGAUCCAUUUUCCCUCGGUGGCCUGGGAAUCCCCUCCAUGGAUCACUCUGCAGCAGCUCCCGUACUCUCUCCAAGCGGCUCAAUGGACGACAGCAGUCCCUCUUCCUCCGUCUCCGAACCCCUCAGCCCUGAGAGAGUGGGGCCAGGGGGCGAGGCUGACAAGCAGAGGCGCCGGAAGAAGAAGAGGAAGGGCAGUGACCAGGUCUACGACUUCUUGGAUAGCCAAGAGAAUAGCAUCGGCCAAUCUCAAAAGCCUGGGAUGCAGGAUAAGGGAGGAAUGGAGGCAGAGGAGGAUGAGGAUGACGAGGAGAACUGGGAGUGGGAGAUAAGAGAGAGUGGAGGAGGAGGUAGAGUGAAAGGCAAGAAGACUAAGAGUCGGGCGAAACUUCCCGAACAGUGGGGGGCGCCCCAGCAGCCCAUCUCUCCGACACCGGCUACAGUCGCUCCUACCUGGGCUACUGCCGACUCUGGUCAUUCUGACUCCAACCCCAGCCCUGUUUUUCCCUCUUCCCCUUCACAAUUUCCCACAAGUUUCACUAAUCGUUCCAAUGCUAGCCUUGUACCAGAUUCAUCUCCUCGCUCUUAUGAGCCGAUGUGUGCAGACGACUUCCCUAUGUCUGCUAAAGAUGGUCAAAAGGCAAAUGAAGUGAAAGUAUCGACCAGCAAACCUGAACCUACCAUUAGCGCAGCGACUAAUGUUCCUGGCAAGAAUAGUUCAGCUGUGGAUGUUAGUGAUAGUCUAGCACUGAUGACAGGGGAGAAUCUUAGCCCAGUCUCCCAGACCUUCUCUUUCCUGGAUUCAGUUCUCCAGACCCCUCCAGGCUCCACUCCUGACUCACAGACCACCACCCCUAUCACUAACACUCCCUCCCUUGCUACAGCCCCCAUGGCAAAGUCAGAAAUGGGCAUCCCUGCUUCACAAGCCACUUCUGUUCUUAACCCUUCAAAGGUUACUACAGACCUUCCUCCUACUUCCGUUCUGUCAACCAACCCAUCACCGUUAGCUUCCGCUGACACAUACCCUUCAACAACCACAGUCAAAUCAGCCCUCAACGUCGAUGCCAAGCCUUUCGUCCCCUCAGCCACGCUCAUGUCUUCUAGCAUGACUGCAGCAUCUCCAGCUUUUAGUACAACAGCAGCAGCAGCUUUCACAGGAAGCCCAUCUACUGCACCCACUACCACCCCUGCCAUGACCCUUAGUUCCUCACCUUCUCCCUUUAAGAAUGAAGCCACUCCUGCACCACCAUCAUCAGCCACAACCCCCAAAAGUGUAGCCACACCCUUUAGCUCAGCAGUAGCCACUCCCCCUCCACCCAUCACCCCUGCAGCCCGUCCUUCUCUCCCUGCACACUCAGAGCACCAGGAGUCCUCGUCGCCACAGCUCCCCCCAAUGGAAGUGAAAUCUGACAACAAGGACAAACAGGAGAAGACAGACUUAAUGUCAAGCAAGACAGCCAAGUUGGACACCUUUGACAAGAAAGAAGAGCAGCAGAAGAAGGAUGCUGGUCCAGAAAAGAACCAAAAGUCUGAGAAGAUCCUCAAGGAGGAGGAUAAGAUCGAGAAGAUGAACGCGGAGAAAAACAAGGAAAAGGCAGAGAAGGGGGACAAGCCGGAGAAGACCAACAAGGAUGAGAAGAAGGAAGAUGAGAAAAAGCUGGCUGAGAAGAAAGAUGAUAAGGGAGCGAAAGGGACAGCCAAGUCUCCAACAGGCCCCGGCAGCAAGACCCUGCCAAGCCCUGACAGCAAGAACAAGCCUGAUGUGGGUUCAACUAAGCCAAACUCAGCCAAAUCCCGCCCAUCCACCCUCACCACCAAUGGCGAGGCCGCCGGGGCCAAACGCCCCUCCCCAACCACAGCCUCAGCCAAUAAAAAAAGCCCUGUACCCAAGGCAACCACACCUACCGCUGCGAAGCGGCCGCCAACUGGCUCCGCCAAGGCUGCAAAGACUCCAGAAAAUGAAAAACGGACACCUGUGCCAAAGGCCACGCCCACACCCCGUGCGGCUGCCAGUAAGAACGGCUCCCCUGCUGCGAACAAGACUGACAAGACUGACAAGACUGACAAGACCGAGAACAAGACCGGAGAGGCCAAGAAACCCAAGCCUACAGCCCGUCCUCGCCCCGCCUCCAUCACUACUCCCGCUGCUUCCACCAACGGUGAAGCCAGUCAUCGCCGUCGUGUCCUCACCAAACCCCCGGUGCCCAAGCAGAGCCCAAUGGAGAAGAAGCCGCCGGUGCCCCGUGCUCCUCGAACCCCACGCCCCCUCAACGCUCCGACACCUGACCUGAAGAACAUCCGCUCCAAGAUCGGAUCCAUCGACAACAUCAAGUACCAGCCCGGAGGAGGAAAGGGCUCUUCUUCCCCGAACAUCAAGGCAUCAGACCCCUCCAACCCCGCUCCCAAGGCUAAAGUGCAGAUCCUGUAUAAGAAGGUUGAUUUGAGCAAGGUGACUUCCAAAUGUGGCUCAAAGGACAACAUGAAAUAUAAGCCAGGUGGAGGGGAUGUGAAGAUUGAGUCCCAUAAGCAAAACAUUAAAGCUAAGUCUAAGAUUGGAUCCAUGGACAACAUGGGGCCAGGCAAUGAUCAGACCAACGGGCACAAGGAGGAGAAGACAUUCCCCCCCCCAAAUGGCGCUGCGACAACAGGACCAGCAGGUGUUGCUAAGGAGAAUGGGGUGAAGGAGCCCACACCGACUCCUUUUGGUGGAGACGGCCUGAGGGAGCAGAGCAUAGACAAACGCAUCACUGAGACAAAUUGAGUCCCAGUGAGCUUUAGAUUUUGGUGGGACACGCAUGGCGCUCGCCAACCUGCCAAUCAACCGACCGACCAACCUACCACGGCGCAGUCACUUCCCUUUGGCCCCGCCCUUCAUCUCGCCCACCGCUGCACCAAACUGACGGAUCGCCUCAGUGUUUCUCCGGGUGUCCGCCUGCCAGCUUCUUGCUACCAACCCUGACCUUUGACCUCUCAACGGUUGACCUUUGACCCUGCCUACCACAGAGAAGAGCACUUGCUUUUUGUCUGUGUUUCUGUGUGUUGGGUUCCACCAGCUUCUUGCCUGAUAAGAUCCUCUUGUAGGCACUGAUUUAGAGGACUUCAACCGCAAACCCUAAAUUGAAUUACACCAACGCAACAAACCCACUAUUGUAGUCAAUGCUGUAUGAAAGCAUACAGAGCAUAGGCAGUUUUAGAAUAUGUCCACCUAUUAGUUUGAUACAGUUUAAACACAAAUACUUAUAGCGCAAACACCCUGCCUCAGAACUUAGUUUCUAAGUCCCUCCUAUAAGCCUUCACAAAACAAAUCCUCAUUAAUCUUUAGAACAUGUAAGCAAAUCUAUGCUAACGCUACUAUUUGCCCCACUUUCAUUCCCAGUCCAUGUACACUUGGCUCCAAAGCAUACUUACCAGCUGAGGGCCUGCUACCAGUCAGCAGCAGGGCAAACACUGGCAAGUCUGCUUCAAAUCCAAACAUCCCAACCUUCCAGACGGACAGAAAUUAUUUCCAAAUCUACAGUAUUAACAAAACUGCACUCUGUCCCAUUAUAGCUAACUCCUCAAACAUGAUCUCCCAUUACAUGUAUUGGUAUCAUUGCACAUGUUUAUUUUUACCUAAUUUAUUACAAUUCUAUUUCUCUGGACUAUUAAUAUCAUGAUGCUAACCAUUAGCAGUGGCUCAGUGGACAGGGGCUUAUGUAGACAACAGAUUAUACAAUUUGAGAUGUUUCAACAUCAGUUCAGAAACAAAGUGCAGAGGCCUUCGGGGUGUUCCUGUGUCAUAAUUCAAGAAAGGAUGUAUUCAUUGACAGUACACAACAGAAAUGAAGAGGCUAUAACAAAGCAGACGAGACUUACUUCAGUUAGAAACAUCAUUUACUGAUGUGAUCAGUGCAUGAUAAUCAUCGAGAGAGAUAGGCGUCAAGUGAUGGGGGAGCUCGGUGUCUUCUCUGGGUAGCCAUGGCUAAAAAAAGGAUUUGGCACUGAACACAGGUAUUUGAUCUCUAUGCCAAAUAAGUUGCGAUCACAGUAUUUAACCUCAAAGUGAUUAUAAAUUCAAACUGAAUGAGCGACCUUGAGCAGGAUUAUUUAACCCUUCAAGAAAAGUGUUAAACCUUGGAGUUACUCUGCAAUAUUUAGUCAACAAACAUAAAAGGGGUCAAUGCACAGUAUACAGCAUGUAGCACUUCUCUUAACGCGGUAACAAUGUCAACCACCAUGUCACAGGCUGCUGGGUAAAGACCCGGUCACGCGGAGAUAUCACACUCAAAUCUGUGUUAUACAAUGCAAUCCACAUCACCAGAGAUUUGCCUACACGGUACAAGAGAAAAUGUGAAAAAUGUUCACAUCAAGUCAAGUUUGUGAUUUGCUGGAGGGUAGAGCUGCUAAAACCACAUGAUUUGGGAAAACAUGCGGUUUCCACCAUGCCACUUUCUGGUGUGGCUGGGUCUUAAUUCUAUCUAACGUAAUAUUUAUUUAUUCUAAUCCCUGUUAGCUUCCACAAAGUGGUCGCUACUCUAUGUAAAACCAUAUGUAUUAACAAAACAGGGUACUUACUGACCUCUGGAGGAUAUUACCCACCUCUGGGGAUAUAUUGACAGCACCACUUAAUGUUACUAAACUGUUCACGUCCUGGUCCCGUGCUUGUAGGACAAGUCUACAAACUACGGGUGAUGUUUAAGGACUACAGCCCGGUUUGGUUUUGUUUGAUGAUUUAAAAAAUGGCACAAAAAAAAUCUGAAGCAACCUUAACCUUAUCUUAAAAUGUAGCUCACAUCCGACCCUUCGCAUGGCAUCAAGUCUGGGGGCAAUAAAGUCUUAUUCUUCUCCGUAAGUGUGUUCCUGUCAAAGCACAUGCAACCCUGUUCUCCUGCACUAUAACUCUUAGGUUUCCACUGUAAUCGCAAAGCUCCCUUGUAUCCUCAGUCCCCGUCAUACAGCUAUAGACCGCAGCAGUCACGCUGAUCUGUGUUUAGCUUUACAACUUCACAUAUGGCUAUUACAGACAGACAGACAGACACCUUCAUUCUCUCGCGCAUGUGGUACUUCCUGGUCACGUUGUUCAACCCGGUUUCCGUUUUCCAACUGGCCGAUGCGUCUUAGAAUCCUCUCUGUGAGACCCGCUUACUUUCCUCCCACAAAAACAAACCUACACAUAAGCACAGAUAUCUAUAAACAGGAAGCACACACACACCCAAAUAAAUCAUCACACAUACACAAACAAUAUAAAACACACAGAUGAACACCCUGAAAUAAAAACGGUAUUCUGUUCAUCGAAGCAUUUUUCUGUUUAUGAUACCAACUCUGUUAUAUUAUAGUAUUUUGGUUGUCUAUGCUGAUAUUGUUAAAACAAUGAUGAGCUGUUUCGGUUUGUUGUUCCUAGCGUAGUCAUUGUCUGACAUUUUCAUCAUAGGCUCACCUCACCCUGUCCCCUUUUUGUGUAUUUCCUGUCUUUCACUCCAGCUCUCGGACAGCAGUACAGUGAUAUUAGUUGGGAACGUCCCCUGUUACGUGCACAUGGACAGAGAUCGACCACAGAAGUUGACAGGCAGUUAAAGGAGUUAUCGUUGAGGAAGAUGUGUUAACUAAAGGGAAUAAUGUUACAUCCAUGGCAAGUCUAAAGUUGUGAGUGUUUUUUGCAACUCUUGAUUGCUUAUUUAGUAGAUUGAGCCUACUAAGAGAUGCUCACGAUCAUGUUUUUAGUUACCACUUUAGCAUGUGUUUUACUCAACAUCUGUAGUGUAAAUAGAUGGAAGUAAAUAGCUUAUUAAAUGCAUUUGUUUCUGUUUUAUUAAGCUUUGAGUUGUUCUUUGUUAUGUAUAGGAUACCACUGGAUAUACAAAUCUUUAAAGGUUAAAAAAUGUGAUAAUAUUAUUAGAAAUGUUCUUACUUUGCUCUUAAAUGCCAUGAAUGCACCAGUAUUUCAGAACCAAGAACAUCCUGCAAAUACUAUAGCUGGGGCCAUCCAGUGGGGACACAUUGAAAUAGAUCCACAUAUUUAGCAGUGUUUUCAUAAAACAAUGUGGUAAUGCACUAAAGAUAAUCCUAAUUAUGUAUUAUGUUGGGAAAUCACCUCAAUUCAGUGCAAUGCAUUUUUGAUUCUAUGAAAACAGCACUGUGAUGUGACUUUGAUUUACAGACCAAAAGCGUUGUUGUGUGUCACAGAAAAAAGUAUAGUAGAAGCAGCUAAAUGUUGAAAGCCCUAUCUACUCCCUGUAUUUCUAUGCAGUGUGCAUUAAAGCCUGCGAUGGUCUCCGCUAAAACUAGGAAGGAUUAGUGACGUGUUUGUGGGGUGUUGCCGUAGUUGUCAGAUGUGUGAAGUGUUACUACUGCAUCCAUCCUGUAGAGAGCGCUGCUUGGCCUCUAGAACACUGAUAGUCUGGCGCUGAGACUUAACAAAGGCCGACUGAGAAACCUUACAUCACCGCUAGUGAAGCUCCAGUCAAGCUACAUACUGUUCCCAUUAAAUAUUUUGAUGGUCACACUAUAUGUUAUUGUAUCUGGAACAAUGAAAACCAUCGGAAUUAUAUUACCUAUGUACAGCUCCUCUUAAAACUCAAAAGUCUCUUGUACACUUUGAACACAGUCUUGUUCAUUUCAUGAUGCACUGAAGUGAAGUUGCUUUACUGUAUAUUGGUAAAACAUUGUCAGCUGUGUACUGUACAUGUGUGCUUUUGGCAGCAAAACAGUCUCGCUAGUUAGAUGAAGUUACGAUAAUCAGAGAACAAGUGAUCAAAUAGUCGUCAAUAACACUAAAAAGCACCGUUGAUGCAUAUUUAAUAUUGUACUGCUCCCUACAAAAAUCAUUCCCAUGAGUUGCCUAAAAGUAAAACAUGACAUAUGUGUGGAUCAUAUGUGAACACGAUAAUGUGAAUCUUUCUUCGGGAAUAGAGAGAACAAAGGAAUGAAAGCACUUUGAUAGUUGUAGAUAUUGGUUUGUGCAUAUAACAGAGGAACAAGUUUUAGUCUUAAUGUGUGUUGGAUGCUCAGUGUAAGAGCAUGUUAUUGGGAUGAUCUGAUGUGGUGUAUCUUGAAUGACACAUCGGGACCCCUUUCUCUUGGUCAGCUUAGUGGAUUUUAGUGGAACUUUGGUCAUCGGUGUUGUUCUAUUGGCUAUGAUAGUUUUACACUCUACUCUCCAGUCUGCCCUUAUGUUGUUUCUGUCAACAUUCACUGGUUAUUACUUUUUGACCAAGCUACAAAAGCACAUCUCCCAAGUGGGAAGGUUUCAGUUUAAAGACCAUACUGAGCUUCGAGGAGCCUAAUUUGAUAUAUUUUUGAGAGGACUGGCAUCAGAGCUACCUCUGGCAAAACAUGUUAUGAUAAGGGAGUUUAGAGUAAUUGUACUGAAGUUGUAUCCUAAACAAUGAAAAUGAGAACUUGCAGCAGUGAGUUUCAAAGUACUAUCCCAUGACCUGUGAAAUACAAGGUUUGUUCAAUGGCAAACAUUCUGAAAGAAAAUGCAUUGCUUGUUUUGUUUGCAAACGAGUGACAUUAGCCAGUAAGCUACUAAUGCUAGCAGAUAAUGAUAAAGAUUGUAAUUCUGUUUUGUAAUUUAUGAAUCUAUGGGCGAAAAAGUCAAAUACAAAUCCAAUUAAGUUAAGGGACACAUUUUGUAAUUUUAUCUAACUUUGUGGGAGUAAAGAAAUGUCAUAAUGUAGUUACAUUAAAAAGAAUUAGGUUACAAUUCUUUUUUUUGACAUUUCUAUACAUGAAAUCCUCAAAAAGGGGAAUUCUGAUGUUAUACUUUUUCCAUGGAAGGGCAUUUGUGCCUUUAUAGAUACACAAAAGAGAGCUGGCAGAAAAUGAAAUUAGUGAUGACAUGUAACCAAGGUCCCUGGGCAUCAUCUUAAAGUGCUAACCAGGACGACACAUAGAGAACAGUAAAUCUUCAGUUGUUGUGUAAGAAGUUUUAUUGUGACUUUACAUGAGAAUCAGGUCGGUUUUGAACAGUAUUAGCUUAAAGCAAGUCUGUCGUUUGGUAUCAGUGUAUUUGUUGGCUGAUAAGUAGCGACGGAUAGCUGUAUGUGAAUGACAGAGAUGUGUUGAAGGUCACUUAGAAGUAGUGAUGGCAUUGCAUAGUUUUUUUGCCAGAAAUUGAAUGUUUUAAACUAAAAGGUACUGCUCGGUGCAAAUCUGGCUCACAAAAUUGAAAAUAAGUAUGGCUCCAGUCUACCUUCAUUUGUUAAGCUUGUCAAUUCAAAUGAAGGUUUAAUAGAAUCAUAGAAGAUAUAUGAUUAGUUUUUCUGAAUCAGUAAAGUAACCAGUAUGGUUAUUUUUGGACUACAGUUAAACAAAUUUAAGUUUGGACAAAAUGUAAUAACCAGGUUCACUCUGAUGUCCGUUCACAACUGUUUGACUCCCCAGUAUAGCGCCUGAACACCACCCUUCCACUAGUAUCUCACACUGUCCCUUGUAUAUAGUUACCACCAUGUUUUUAUCACUCCAGAAGUAACUCAAAAAAAUUUAAAAAGAAAAAAGAAAAGAAAAAUAAUCGUACUGCUUCUUAACAGGGUGUUGUGGAUGUUGACAGAUGAGCUCUCGCGUUCAUAAACCUGUUACUCUUAAGGUUAAUAAUGUUAUUAUUAUAAGAUCGAAAGCAUAAGAAAGGAAAAGGGUACUUUUUCUUUUUUCAGUGUCUGCCUUUUUUUCCGCCAAGAAAAGGGCUGCUGAAGUUUCAAGAAUGUUUUUAAAAUGUAUUAAAGAUGCAAGAUGAUGAAUACAUGUAUAAGGUUUGUCUCUGUUCUGUUUUGGAAGAUAGAUCACAUUGGAAACACUAUUUACCAGAUUCAAAUUGUCGGGAAGGAAGGGAGGCAGUGUGUGUCGUGUUUGGGUAGGAUCUGAGAUAUGACUUAAUAGGUAUACAGACAGAAAAACCUCAAAUUACAGAUAACAAAAUCACAGAAUUGGUGGAAAUGUAUUAAAACAGAAAUAGAAAUUGCCAUUUUAAUAUUGGAUUGAAAUGCACUACUGUAAUACUUGACACACACUGGUCAGCCCUUCCGCUCGCCUACCACCACCCCCCUCCCGUUAGACUAACCAGACUUAGUCUUUUGGCAUGUGGUAGAAUGUAAUGUUCUGUAUUAGACAGCUCCUAUAUAGACACCUCGACAUACCUACCAACACGGGACUGAGUUAAGGGAUGUCUUGGACCAAAUUUAGGAAACAUUUUGGACAAAUUUGCACAAUGAGUAAGGGAGAUGUCUAAUUGCCUGAGAUGUAACUGGGAAAAAGUGAUCAAGAACAAAAGGGAGUGUUGGUAGAUAUGAACCUGGGGGCCAUAGCUGUGUCUUCCACCUGCAGAGGGUUAGCGUCACAGCACUGAAAGGUAUUUGUUCUACUUGGGUCCUUUACCACAUAUACGGCAUGGUAAUAGUUUGUUUUAUCAAGGAGAGCUCACCACUAGAAUUGUACUAGCAAUACAUAUUUAAUAAUUUAAUUUACUAGACAUACUUUAAAUAUAAAUUGUUUUGUGUCUUACAUACUGUAGUUCUAAGCUCAAUUGUUGAACAUACCAUUACAAAUUGAAAGGAAAACAAUUACUUUUCAGUGCUGAGGCGUGGAUCCACUGUAGCGUGUGCUGUUUUAUUCUGUAGGCCACACCACCAUAGCAAGAGCAUGCAGAAGACAACAAACAUACUGCUGGUUGUUAGAGGCAUCUGUCCGAUUAGAUAGAGCUCAUCUCCCCUUUCAAUUCUGAAUAUUUGGUAUGAAAGAGAUGUUCAUUGUGAUUCAUUGUUAACCAGUGAUGUGAAUAUUAAUCAUGAAAUAAAAAGAUGAGCAAAGAUCACUAAA